CCCCCCCGCCCAACUCCUCUUCGGGAACCCCAGUUGUUGUUUUUUUCCCCGCGCGCCACGCACCGUCUCUCUCUCCCUUCCUCCCCGCCGUAGGGCGGUGGCGGUUGAACCACCCCUUGAGGUGUAUGAACAACGCCGCCGCCGGAGGCCGCUGUUCGGGCGGGGGGGCGCUUCCCCUCCAGCCUCAGCCCCCGUGGGGCGGCCCAGGCUCGCAGCACGGAGCUGCUUCUCUCAGUUUCGCUCCGAUUUUUCGACGCCCCGCUUCUCUCCCUACUGCUGCCCAGCAGGGAACGGAGGGAGAGGCGUGUGCCGGGCGUUGCGGCGGCGGCUCCUUCUCGGCAUGUCAGCGGCUGUCCCGCCGCCACCAUCUCGGGGUGAGGAGAAGAGGAACGGUGGUGGGGCCUGGUUCCUGGAAGAGAACCAUCGGGAACCGUUCCUGCUUCCUUCCGGCCAAGUAACUGAAGCUUCCCGGGAAAGUGGCUCCGCCGAGGGUUUGCAGUUGCAACGACAGCAAGAGGACGACGAGGACAACGACAAGUGGCCACGGGGGAGGCCGCAGCAGUGUCAGGUGGUCGAGGCACCGCCGCCUAAAGAGAAUCCUUGGACGCGUUGGAAGCCUCCCCCCAACUCCGGUAGUAGUUUAUCUCCUUCCAACGCUUCUUCUGGCGGCGAGUUCACUUCGCAGGACCCGGAACUGCAGUGUUCUACUAAAGUCAUAAAAGCAGGAAAGUUGAAGAUAAAGAAACCCAGUAAGGCAGAUUAUUUCAAUGAUGCAACAAACUGGCCAACACCAAGUGAAAUUGCAAGCUCUGAGUGUAAAAAUGUAAGUAAUCAGAAUAAAAAAGCUCCAAUAAAAAAAGAGAAAGAAGAAAAAAAUGAAAAGAAAAAUGCCAAUAAAAUAAAGGAAAAUGUGGAGAUAAAUCCAGAUAUUCAUGGAGAAAAUGUUAGUGAAGAUGAGGGUCCGAUUAACAAUCAAAAGAAAAAAGGUAAUAAGCAUAAAUGGGUACCACUUCAUUUAGAUGAUAUGAAGCCAGAUAACCAAGAAAGGCCAGGAUCUCAGAACAGUUCAAGGUCCCAGCCAGAAACGAGCAAACUUGUGCCUCACAACAACAGACGUAACGAGGCAAGAACUAGCUGGCGAAGGGAUCGGGAAAAGCGAGAAGAUCAUGAUGAAGUUUCAAGUGUGAGAAGUGAAGGUGGCAGCGUUAGAGGAUUUUACAGAGGACGAGGGAGAGGCAGGGGAAGAGGAAGAGGACGUGGAAGAGGAAAUCCUCGAAUGAACCAUGACUAUUCUUGUGGCUACCGAGAGCACUAUAGUGAAAGGACUGAUCAGCCAUUUCAGCCAGAUCUUAGCACUAAUAUGAUGUAUUACUAUGAUGAUGGAACAGGAGUGCAGAUGUAUUCUGUGGAUGAAACAUUGCUGAAAGAAUACAUUAAACGCCAAAUCGAGUAUUAUUUUAGCGUAGAAAAUCUGGAAAGAGACUUCUUCUUGAGAAGGAAGAUGGACCAGCAAGGAUUCUUGCCUAUAUCUUUGAUUGCAAGCUUCCAUCGUGUUCAGGCUCUCACUACAAACGUAAACUUAAUAUUAGAGGCCUUAAAGGACAGUACCGAAAUAGAAAUAGUAGAUCAGAAGAUGAGGAAAAAGAUAGAACCAGAAAAAUGGCCAAUUCCAGGUCCCUCUCCACGUAGUCUUCCACACACAGACUUUUCUCAGCUUAUUAACUGUCCAGAAUUCAUACCAGGGCAGAUUUUUGGUUCACGUACAGAAUCUGCACCAAGUUCUCCAAGAAUAGGAAGUCUAAAUAUUAAGAAAAGUAUUGAAACAAGCAAUCUUGAAGUAAUAUCUAAAGCAUUAUCUACAAGCCUCCCGGAUUUGGAUUCUGAACCUUGGAUAGAAGUUAAAAAAAGACAUCGUCCUUCCUUAGUGAAGCCAAAGGAAUCUGGGUCUGGACGUGAGGAAUUGACAAAUCAACAACCACCGCCACCAUCUUCUGAAGAACAGGAAGAACUUGAUUUUUUGUUUGACGAAGAGAUGGAACAAAUAGAAGGCAGGAAGAAUACAUUCACAGAAUGGUCAGAAAGUGAUUCAGAUUAUGAAAUUGAUGAUCAAGAUUUAAAUAAGAUUUUGAUUGUGACGCAGACUCCACCAUAUAUGAGAAAACAUCCCGGAGGAGAUAGAACUGGCAACCAUGUGUCACGUGCAAAAAUUACAUCAGAACUUGCCAAAGUUAUCAAUGAUGGAUUAUACUACUAUGAACAGGAUUUGUGGACAGAGCAAAGUGAAAAUGAUUGUAUUGCUAUGAAGCAAGAAGUUGAAAAUUUUAAGAAGUUACAUCUCAUCAGCAAAGAAGAAUUUGAUAGUCUUACUCCUGAAUAUGUAAUGGAUUCAAAUCAGGAUGAUUCUCCUGGUCCUUCAAAAGAUGUUACUGAAGAGCUGGCUUGUCAGUUGUUUGGUGUCCAGGAAAUACCUCCAACAACAAUGGCUCGCUCACUGCCAACAGCUGUUCCUGAAUCUCCUGGAGUUCACCCUACCAGAACACCUAAAACACCUCGUACACCAAGACUGCAAGAUCCUAACAAAACACCAAGAUUCUAUCCUGUGGUUAAAGAAGCAAGAAUUAUUGAUGUUGGGACACGAAGGAAAAGAAAAACACGGCAUAGUACCAACCCUCCAUUAGAAAGUCAUGUUGGCUGGGUAAUGGAUUCCAAGGAUCACAGACCAAGAACAUCUUCCAUAAGCAGUUCAAAUGCAUCACCACUAGAAGGUGCUCCGCUGUCAGGAAGUUAUGGAUGUACCCCUCAUUCACUUCCUAAAUUUCAACAUCCUUCUCAUGAACUUCUGAAGGAAAAUGGUUUUACUCAGCAAGUGUACCAUAAAUAUCGCCGUAGAUGCCUAAAUGAAAGGAAACGGUUGGGAAUUGGCCAGUCUCAAGAAAUGAAUACACUGUUUCGUUUUUGGUCCUUUUUUCUCAGAGACCACUUUAAUAAGAAAAUGUAUGAAGAAUUCAGGCAACUAGCUCUAGAUGAUGCAAAAGAACAUUAUAGGUACGGCCUGGAAUGCUUGUUCCGUUUUUAUAGUUAUGGGCUGGAAAUGAAGUUCAGGCAAGAGAUCUUCAAAGAUUUCCAAGAAGAAACAAAAAGAGAUUAUGAAUCUGGCCAACUUUAUGGGCUAGAAAAAUUUUGGGCUUAUCUGAAGUAUUCACAGUCUAAAACUCCACCUAUUGAUCCCAAACUUCAGGAAUACCUAUGCAAUUUUAAAAGAUUGGAAGAUUUCAGAGUUGAUCCUCCGAUUAAUGAAGAAUCUGGGAGAAAAAGGCAUUUACCUGGUGAGGAGUGUGAUCAUCGCAGAUAUCAAUCCAACACUGCUUCUAAGAUCCUUGCUGGUAAUUCCUCAGCUGUUUCUCAGACGUGGGUCCCAAUAAAUUUUCCCACUACAAAUACUGUACAGGAGUUGAAUAACAGCAUACACCAGAAUAGUACUGCCACAAAUUCAAGAUGUGAUAUAACUGAGCAGUAGACUUUCAGUAAGCUUGAACCUUAAGAUCAACUCCUAAUGCCAGUAUUUUAGCUCAAGGAUCUUCAGGGAGAGCUAUUUUAAAGCUUGAUUAAAAACAAAUGUAUAGGAAAAAAAAGAAUUGCAUCUGCUUUCUAACAAGAUUAAAUUCCAAGUAAAUUCCCUUUGUUCAAUUACAUUGGGUUUAAGCAUCAUGAGAGAUCCUUGGGAAAUACCAGUUAGUCUGUGUUGCUAUCCCAAGUUACUGUUUACAGCAGCAGCAUUCCAAUAGUAUAUACAUAAAUUCUUUGGAAUGCCUUACAAUCCAGCUCAUAUUUUUUUGAGGAAGUUAUAUUCUUUUUGUAGUGUAGGAAUGUUUUACCAUCAGGUUAUCUAUAAUUUGUUCAACUUAUAAAAGCCAAAAAGAAAGUUUUGAGAGACAUACAGAAUACAUGCAUUUAAAUUGAUAAAUGCAUUUUUUCAAUAAUAACACAUGCUCUUCCAACACCUAGUUCUGAAAUCUGUUUUGCUUUCUGUUUCUUUUGUUUCAGGGUUUUGAGCUGAGUAUGGAGUUUUUAAUUUAGGCAACAGGUUGUUUAGUUUUAAAUAUUUUUUAAUGCCGAUUCUUAUUUCUACUUAAGCAAAGUAGUUUGCAAAGAGGAUGAAUUAUGACUGUCUUGUCAUAAACUUGGUAAAUUUUAUAUAUAUAUAUAUAUAUAUAUAUAAGUUUAAGAAAAAGAAUAAAAAGACAAAUAGGUCUAUAAUCAUCCUCUAGUUUGAAGAAAUACUUGUAUUUUUCUGUUUAAUUUCUCUAUUGUAUAAGUGACUUGCAUUUCUAGGAGAGAUUAUUUAAACAAUUUAAUUGUAAUUUAAUAUUUGACACAGUUUUAAUUUAAAAGGGAUUUACAAGAAAAUGUACUUAGAUUAAAAUAAUUAAUGUCAAAAUCACUUUAAAUAUGGUUAAAAUCCCUUGUUUUGUCUAAGACCAACUGUACUGUCAUUGGCCAAAGUGUCACUUUUUAAAAAUAUAAAUGAUUCAUUGAUACACAUUAUUUAUGUCAGGAGGUGAAAAUUAACCAGAAGCAUCCAUGAAAUAACUAGAUGUAGUUAUUGUGAUUUAAAUAGUUAAAAUAAGGGAAUUGAAAUCAUUCUUCCAUAAAAUGGAAGAAAGUGGUAGAAAUAGGUGCGUUUUUAUUAGAAACAGCAAAACAGAUACUUAGCAGUCUUCAGAUUACUUUCACAAAUAAAGCCUACCACUGUUGAUGCCUUAUUGCUGGGAAAUACCCUAAGUGAUCCAACAUGUAGAUUGGAUUUCUGUGCUGGAAACUUUAUGAAGUCCAUUAUAUAUUCCUGAAAUAUUGCUUGAGAAUCUGAAUUUAACAAUUAUGAAUAUAUGUGCAUAUUUAAUAUGAAAAUAAGUGGAUUUCCCAGCUAUUUCUAAUGGAAACUAGCCUUUAAGAACUGCUCUAUUUUUUGAAGACACUAUUCAAAAAUUCAUGAUUCCAGUUUUAUAUAGCAUCUUUUCAGUUUGCUGAAGUUCUACAACUCAAAUCUCUGUUCAAUCUAUGCCACCUCCUCCAUGAAAAUGAUGCAGUUGUAAAUUUGGAUUUAAGCUGUAUAUAAAAGAAUUAUAUUUACAUUCAUUUCUUUAAAUCAAAUGUGUGAAUAUUAGCUUUUAGUAUGCAUUCUUUGUGGUAUAUUUGCAGAUUUUAUAAAAAUACAAAAAAAACCAACCU